GUGCAAUAUGAAUAUGCACUUUUGGUAGGAAUUAAAUUCUUAACCACAUGAGCAUUCAGUCCAACAAAUACCCAAUGAAUACAAUAUUAACGAAAUUAGGAUUCAAGUAUAACAUAAGCGAUUGAGAUUUGAGAGGAAAAAUAAAUCCAUUCAAUGAGUUAGCUUCCAACAAAAUCAAUAGCUAGCUGUGCUGAUCAUCAUCCAAUUCCACACCCUCCUUAACACUGUGACAGUGACAGUGACACUACGCGUGAAAAUUAAUAGAUUCUAUUAUUUAGAAAUUUAAUUCUUUAUAUAUAUAUAUAUAUAUAUAUAUAGGCCACAGCCCCCUUCCCUUGCCCCCCUUCUUCAGAAAUUAAAUAUCCAUGGAAGCACCGUACGGUCUUUGCUAAAUGCUACUAAUAACAAACAUCUCCACCGUCACUACCAGCUACUCAGUGACUCAAAGCACACCCCACUGAGAUAGACACAACAAACCCACAAAUUCAGCCUCAUCACACAAUGUCUCCCGAGAAAAGAUCUCCACCUACUCCUGCUUCAACCGCCAACGAUCUCAAGCACCGAGUCAUCACCUGCCUCAACAAGCUCUCCGACCGUGCCACUCUCUCUCUCGCCACCACCGAGCUCGAGUCCAUCGCCAAGAACCUCAACCACGACUCCUUCUUCCCUUUCCUCAACUGCAUUCACAAUACCGAUUCCUCCUCUAAGUCUCCCGUUCGCAAGCAAUGCGUCAACCUCUUGACCCUCCUCUCCAACUCCCACGGCAACUCCCUCUCUCCCCACCUCUCCAAAAUGAUCUCCACCGUCACUCGCCGCCUCCGCGACCCUGACUCUGCAGUCCGAUCCGCCUGCGUCGAGGCCACCUCUGCUAUGUCCUCGCAGAUCACCAAGCCGCCGUUUUCUACUCUGUCAAAGCCGUUUAUUGAGCUAUUAACGCUUGAGCAGGAUUUUAAUGCUCAGGUCGGUGCCUCCAUGUGUUUGGCCGCCGCUAUUGAGGCGGCGCCGGAGCCAGAAGCGGAGCACUUGAGGAAGGUGUUGCCGAGGCUGGGGAAGUUGGUGAAGGGCGAGGGAUUUAGAGCGAAGGCAGCGCUGUUGACUGUGAUCGGGAAUAUCAUUGGCGUUGGCGGCGCUUCGAGUAAGGGCGUGUUGGAUUGGUUAGUACCAUGUUUGCUGGAGUUUCUGAGCAGUGAGGAUUGGGCAGCCAGAAAGGCGGCGGCGGAGGCGUUGGGGAAGGUGACCCUAGCGGAAAAGGAGCUAUCGAAGGAACAUAGAGUAGCGUGCUUGAGUUCUCUGGAGAGCAGGAGAUUUGAUAAGGUGAAGGCGGUUCGGGAGACUAUGAAUCGUACCUUGGAGCUGUGGAAGGAAGUUCCUGGAGUCUCUGACCAAGUUUCAGUAUCAUCUCAAUCUAAAUCUUCUUCAGUAGCACCAGAUAAUGCUAUUGGUGAAUGUUUCCCUUCUGACUCGGAUGAUUCUCAUGAAGUCGGUUUCAAAUCUCCUCAACCAAAGAAAACAGUCCCCGCAAACAGGUCCCCCCAAUUUGAUUCUUCGUCUGUGACCACUACCAGAAAACAAAACCCUGUAAAGAGUAAAAAUGACAAUUCAAAGACAGCAAUGAGUUGUAAAAUGGACCACAAGAAAACCUCUGCCUGGAAAACUGAAAUUGUUCUAUCUCAUGACGCUGGCUGUGGAGAUGAUAUCAAAAGGUGCAGUUAUGGAGUUUCGGAAUCAAGGGAGGACGCAAACAAUGAGAAAUGUAGGCCAGAAGCAAAACUUGUCCUGUGCAGUAGAAUCCGAGAAGAUAAACAGCACAAAUUAGGUGGUUUGAGAUCUAGGUCGAGGGUGGUUCCAUUCAAUGAUGAUGAUAACCGUUACAACAAAGAUGUUGAGGUCAACAAUCCCAAUGAAGAAUUCUUUGAGAACAAUAAAGAUAUUGAGGAUCUGUCUUUGAUUUGUGACCAGCUUAUGCAGAUUGAAAACCAGCAAACCAAUCUAUUAAUCCUUCUCCAGAGAUUUAUUGGGAGCUCCCAGCAUGGGAUAAAUUCUCUGGAGACACGUGUUCUUGGCCUGGAGAUGGCAUUGGAUGAAAUUUCAUAUGACUUGGCAUUAUCAAGUGGAAGGAUUCCUAAUACUGACUCUGCAGAUAACACAUGUUGCAAACCUCCUGGUGCAGAAUUCUUGAGUUCUAAGUUCUGGAGGAGAACAGAAGGUCGGUAUUCUACUUCAAGGUUCUCUUCACCUGGGAGCAUGCAAUCACCUCAUGCUGCACGAAACAUUUACGGUAAAGAUGCCAGCUCCGAAACAUUCAAUGCAAAUAGCCAAAGAUUUCAGCAUCAAAAUAGGAGUGGAUUCAUCUUGAAUCCAUUGGCUAAUGUUCGCAGUGUGGGAAAGAGGAAUUUGGGGUUCUAUUCAAGUCAAAUGUCAAAUAACAUAAUCCAAGAAGAUGGACAAGCUCAAAAAGCCAACUUGGCUCAGUAAAGCUUCAUCAACUUCCUGUACAGGACAAGUGAACUUAUGCAGCGGAUAGCCUGCUUAGUCAAAGUAGCUAGGACCAUGUUUCAACGGCAAUCUUAACUGAGAAAAAGCAUCCUUGGCCGUCAAAACCUGAAGAUGCCACCGAGUGAGUCUGCUACAGAAGGUCACGAAUGUGAAAUUUCUGAAUUACUGCUGCAUUCUUAUUGAUUAUUUGGGACUGAUGUAAAAUACUAUCCAAAUUCCCUAAUUUAAAGGCAGCAUUCUCCUUUC